AUGCAGGCCCUUAUCAAAUCUUUCUCCCAGACGCCCGAGAUAGUCGAGAGGAGUCGUCCCAUGCAAGUCCUCGCCUUGGGUAUGUCCCGGACUGGCACCCAGAGCAUGGCCAAUGCUCUUUCACAAUUGGGCUACGAUCGAGUGUAUCACGGGCACGACAUGGGAAACGACUGGAGAGAAGUCAUAGCAUGGAGGGACCUCUGGCGCAGAAAGCGAUCUGGAAGUUCUAAUCCCAUGACCUCGCAGGACUUUGACAAGGUCAUCGGUCAAUGCGAAGCAGUUACCGACGCACCAGCCGCUCUUUUCUGGUCCGAACUGAUGGACGCCUAUCCAGAUGCCAAGAUCGUGCUCGUAUUACGAGAUACUGAGAAWUGGUAUCAAAGCUUCUCAAGCGUUUGCAUCGAACCAUACUGUAGCAAGCGUAGCAGUCUGGUUCGUUGGGGCGUCCGGUGGAGAUUGAUUCCCUUCAAUGUCCUGGACUUUUUACCGGAAAUGUUCAUGGGCUAUUUCCAAGCUGAAAACGAAGAGGAAUUCAGAAACCAUGCUCGUCAGAUCUUCGAGCAGCAUAACGCGUCCAUCAUUGCGCGAGCUCGGAAUGAGGGGCGUUUGCUGCUUCAGAUGAGAUUGGAAGAUGGCUACGAGCCUCUCUGCAGGUUUCUAGGCAAAGAUUGUCCUGAUACUGCAUUUCCACGAGGCAAUGAUGCUGCUUCACUACGAUACAAGACAUAUCAGGGCUACUCUAUAUUCGCUGCGCUGGUCGUGUUGUCGAUUAUUGGGUACUGUCUGAUUCUCGUGGCUUGCUGGCACCUCAUCAAAAGGCUUUGA